UCUCGUUUUUUCCUCCCACUCUCCAAUUUUUUCUGAAAAGAAAAACCCUAACCUUUCUCUCUGUUCCCUCUCCUCUCUCUCCUGCUCCCUCUCGUUCGCACGCGUCCCUCUCCCUCUCCUUCUCCUGCUCGGUGCCGCCCAUUCCACCGGCGCCGCUCGUGUCCCUCUCCUUCAAGUUCCAUCGCUCCCGGGCUCUGAUACCAUCCGCUGCCGAUCCAUAGUUCUUCACCGAUUGAUGCUUCAUGUAACACUUUCCUUGUUAAACUCCAAGCACUACGUAUCAUUGCUUGCUUCAGGACAAGCUCCAGGACCACUUCAACAAUUUCUAUGAAGAUCUCUUUCAGGAGCUCAGCAAGUUGGAAAUGUAUAUGUUCAGUAAAAAGAGGAAGAUCAUGCCCCCAAUGCUCUGAUGAACCUCACUGGAAGAUUUUUUCAGCUGUAAACUAGUUGGUGGGAUGUUUGUGUUUAUGAUAAGAAAGCCAUUUUCUAGCUUAAAAAAGCCAUUUUUCAAUGUGGGUGUGUUUGUAAUUUGUAAUUUUCUUUGUGUAAGCAAAGUUAAUAAUUUAAUAUUACUGGUUUCAGGUCAAUAUAUUGGAGAUGCUCAAAUGGUUUGACAUUGAGUCAUUUUUAAUUACCUUAUUGUUUGCUGUUAGUAUUACUGAUUUGUUAGUUAGUUUGUGGACAGUCAAGGAAAUGAUCUUAGAAAGAAGACAAUGAACUCUGUCUUCUGGAACUCAAACAUGAUUCAAUGUCUUGAUUACUAGCUCAGAGAUAACACGUCUGAGGUAUUUUCAAGUGCUACUUGUGUAAAUUUAUCAAUAUGGAAAACUAUCUUAUCCUUAUGCAGCAAAUCAGUACUAUAGCUGGUAAUCAAGUGCCUAGCUAUUUUGUGUGGGAAGUCCUUUUUACUAUGUCCAUCAUGGGAUUGGGACUCUUGCUUUUUGCAAUUCUCAUUGGAAACAUACAGAAUUUUCUACAGGCUCUUGGGCGGAGGAAGCUGGAAAUGCAACUUAGAGGUCGUGAUGUUGAGCAAUGGAUGAGCCAUCGGCGCUUACCAGUAGACCUGAGAAGGAGAGUAAGACAGGCUGAACGGUAUAAUUGGGCUGCAACAAGGUGGGUGAAUGAAGAAAUGGUUAUGGAGAAUCUGCCAGAAGAUCUGCAGAGAGACAUUAGACGCCAUCUCUUCAGAUUUGUUAAGGAAAGUAUGGAACUAGAAUGCCAUUAUCUGAAGGGGACGCUUGUGGUGAAGAACUUAUGACAUGGUAUCUUGAACAUUCUUCUGUAAGCUCAGAUGGUAGAAAAGUAAGGCUUCCUGGACAGAGGUUGGUUAGCAACAGGACAG